UGCGAGCAGCCGCGGUGGCGGCGCGUUGUUGCAGUUGCGCCAUCUGUCAGGAGCCGAGCCGGCGGGGAGGGGGCUGCCGCUCAGAGGAGGAGGGGUCGCCGCCAGCCGAGGCCGCCGACACCCGUCCGCCUGCCCUCCCGGAGCACCGGUGAGGCCGCCCGGAGCCGCGCGUCCUCCACGAGCCGAGCGCGGCGCUUCUCCCCGCGCACCGAGGACUCCCGGGUGCACACAAAGCCGCCGCCCGCGCCAGGGAGGGACCGGGCCACCGGGCCGGGGACACCCCGGCGCCGCCCCCUCGGCGCUCAUCGAGGCUCGUGGGCUCCGGUGCCCCGCCGCGGAGCCGCCUUGACCGCGCCGGAGGAGGGCGGGGAGAGGACCAUGGAAUGGGCUCUGGAGCCUGAGCGCCGCGCAGUGUUUUGAAGGAGCAGGAUGCUGAUCUAGACGUGCAAAAACCCUUCACCUUGCUGGAUUGUGCAGGAUUGAAAAUACAAAGCUUACUCUUGGCUUGGUGAACCUGUGCAUCAGCCGGGCGAUCAGUCCUGCUGCUGUGUUAGAAGACAUGUGGUGUAUAUAAAGUUUGUGAUAGUUGGUGGAAAUUUUGGAAUUUAGAUAAUGGGCUGUGUGCAAUGUAAGGAUAAAGAAGCAACGAAACUCACAGAGGAGAGGGAUGGCAGCCUGAACCAGAGCUCCGGGUACCGCUAUGGCACAGAUCCCACUCCUCAGCACUACCCCAGCUUUGGUGUGACCUCCAUCCCAAACUACAACAACUUCCACGCAGCCGGAGGCCAGGGGCUCACAGUCUUUGGGGGUGUGAACUCUUCUUCUCACACUGGGACCUUGCGUACAAGAGGAGGAACAGGAGUGACACUAUUUGUGGCUCUUUAUGACUAUGAAGCACGGACAGAAGAUGACCUGAGUUUUCACAAAGGAGAAAAGUUUCAAAUAUUGAACAGCUCGGAAGGCGAUUGGUGGGAAGCCCGCUCCCUGACAACUGGAGAAACGGGUUAUAUUCCUAGCAAUUAUGUGGCUCCAGUCGACUCUAUCCAAGCAGAAGAGUGGUACUUUGGAAAACUUGGUCGCAAAGAUGCUGAGAGACAGCUUCUGUCCUUUGGAAACCCAAGAGGUACCUUUCUUAUCCGCGAGAGUGAAACCACCAAAGGUGCCUAUUCACUUUCCAUCCGUGAUUGGGAUGAUAUGAAAGGAGACCAUGUCAAACAUUAUAAAAUUCGUAAACUUGACAAUGGUGGAUACUAUAUCACCACCCGGGCCCAGUUUGAAACCCUUCAGCAGCUUGUACAGCAUUACUCAGGUACCUGGAAUGGAAAUACAAAAGUAGCCAUAAAGACCCUUAAGCCAGGCACAAUGUCUCCUGAGUCAUUCCUAGAGGAAGCACAGAUCAUGAAGAAGUUGAAGCAUGACAAGCUGGUACAGCUCUACGCUGUGGUAUCAGAGGAGCCCAUCUACAUUGUCACCGAAUACAUGAAUAAAGGAAGUUUGCUUGAUUUCUUAAAAGAUGGUGAAGGAAGAGCUCUGAAAUUGCCAAAUCUUGUGGACAUGGCAGCACAGGUUGCUGCAGGAAUGGCUUAUAUUGAGCGCAUGAAUUAUAUCCACAGAGAUCUGCGAUCGGCAAACAUUCUAGUGGGGAAUGGACUGAUUUGCAAGAUUGCUGACUUUGGAUUGGCCCGGUUGAUUGAAGACAAUGAGUACACAGCAAGACAAGGUGCAAAGUUCCCCAUUAAGUGGACAGCCCCAGAAGCAGCCCUGUAUGGAAGGUUCACAAUCAAGUCUGAUGUGUGGUCUUUUGGAAUCUUACUCACAGAGCUGGUCACCAAAGGAAGAGUGCCAUACCCAGGCAUGAACAACCGAGAGGUGCUGGAGCAGGUGGAGCGUGGUUACAGGAUGCCCUGCCCACAGGACUGCCCCAUCUCCCUGCACGAGCUCAUGAUCCACUGCUGGAAAAAGGACCCGGAAGAACGCCCUACUUUUGAGUACUUGCAGGGCUUCCUGGAGGACUACUUUACAGCCACAGAGCCCCAGUAUCAGCCUGGUGAAAACCUGUGAGAGCCGGCUCUGCUGAAGCCUCUUCUCAAAGGCCUCCUUAUCCCUCCCCAUUAGCUUCCAAUUCUGUAGCCAGCUGCCCCCAGCAGCGAGAACCGUCCAGGAUCAGAUUGCAUGUGACUCUGAAGCUGACGAACUUCCAUGGCCCUCAUUAAUGAUACUUGUCCCCCAAUCCAAACCUCCUCUGUGAAGCAUACAAGACAGAACCGUGUUAAUUCUCAGACUUUGGAAAUGCAUUGUAUCGAUGUUAUGUAAAAGGCCAAACCUCUGUUCAGUGUAAAUACUUACUCCCGUGCCAAUGAUCCUAGUGCUUUCCUUUUUUUAAAAAAAAAAAAAAAAAAAAAGCAAAUCCUAUGUGAUUUU